CGAAAGGUGUCAUUGUGAUUCGCAAAAAUGACUCGCCGGCGGGUGGAACGACUGACUUCUCAUGAUAAAACAGUCUUCUUGCCAGCGUCAGGCAAGCCUUGAGUGGUUUUACAGGCACGAAUACAUACUAUUGCAAGACGGCCAGAAAGCACUCUCGACAAACAUGUGGAUAUUCGUUGCCAGGCAUUUUCGUGUGCUCUCCGUCUGGCCGAUCGCCUCCCAUUACUCGGGGGCCCCUCCCCCCUCGUGACAGUUCGUUUGCGUGGGGUCCCAUCGAUUAAGAUGUCAAGCACUCUCGUUCUGCUGUGUAUCUUCUGUAUACAAUGGCGUCAGGGCGGCGCCAUCACUGAUGGAGAAGCGGCCCAACGCAAUACUGAACAAGUGCUACAGGCACUUAGAGCCAUAGGUGUCGACCCCAAGAGAGGACCACCGCAGCUCAGAGCCGAAGACGACCCGAAGAAUAUUCCCAAGCCCUCUGUCAACCUACAGGCGUUGAGGAAGGAGACUCCCUUUGUCUAUGCACAUCCGCUUCCUGGUGCCAUUCUCGUGUCUCCUCUGACGAGCAUCGCUUUUCGGCCGGCGGACAAAGUGGACAGAGACAGCAUUCAAAAAAAAAUACUUGUCCGAGGUGAUGUCUCGGGCAAUCAUGAUGGAGAGACGCGGUUGCUGAGUGACCACCGAACCGUCUAUUUCGUACCCGACGUGGCCUUCAUGCCUGGCGAGUCUGUUAGCGUAAUGGUAGAGAAGGGAAUCAUGACUGAAGAUGGAGAUUCACUCCCUCCCUCCUCGUGGAGCUUCAACAUGUCAUGGAGAGGCUUGGACACUUACCGCCGAGAUGCAGGGAUCAAAGUGCCAGAAAGCUCCAUCAGUGAGGCUUCUUCGCCCGAGACGCUGCGUCUGUUUAGAAAAGCAGAGGCUUCUUCGCCCGAGACGCUGCGUCUGUUUAGAAAAGCUGAAGAUAUCGACUGGUUAUUGGGCAUCCCUGGUGUUGGUCAGCGAGAAACUGAGGCAGACGAUAUGGACGAGGUCAACGACAUCGAUUGUGGUGAACCGGAGCCUUCAGAUGAUGAGAGACAGUUCUACGCUCCCAGCUGCUUGUACAGGCAAGAUGAGUGAUUCAUUCAGGGUUAUCCGUGGUCUGCUUCCUUAGUUUCAUUCCGCUGCGUCCCCUUCAGGACUCUUCCUUCGAACUACCCCCGUGCGCGAGUGACUCUUCAAGGCAACCUCACAGAAUUGUCAGAUGGCUACGUAUUCACACUAGGACCGGAACCUGGGGGCCAAAAGCCUGUUUUUCACAUCAUCAUGACAGCGCGGGGCGAUCCAGUCUACUAUGAUCGAAGCAGCGAUCACCUCGAGCCUACGCACAACGGGCAGCUUACGCGGUGGUAGUCGGGACUACGCACACCGAGAACGCACAUCAGGACUCGAGGAGGGGCCGCGAGGAUCCUCGGUCCUGAUUAUGCCGAGCGGGCACGAUUCUUCGUCAAACACGGAGGAAG